AUGCUGGGAGGCCUGGGGAAGCUGGCGGCUGAGGGCCUGGCCCACCGCACGGAGAAGGCCACUGAGGGAGCCGUUCACGCCGUGGAGGAAGUGGUGAAGGAGGUGGUGGAGCAUGCCAAGGAGGCUGGAGAGAAAGCCCUUGGCGAAGCCCUAAAGAAAGCCCAAGAGUCAGGGGACAAGGUGGUGAAGGAGGUCACUGAGAAGGUGUCACACACGGUCUCCGAAGCCGUCACCCACGCUGCGGAGGGCCUGGGCAAGCUGGGACAGUGAGCGUGCCUGCCCCCGCGCUGUCCCUUCCUAA